AUGAAAAAUUUUAAGGCUGCAAUAGCGCAGGCGAAACCGCUCAAUCCAUCAACCGAUGAAUCUAUCAAUGAGGUCGAUCACGAUAACGCGAAUCUGUACAAAAGUCCAAUCGGAUCGAAGAAACAGCAGCGGAAUUCUGCUUUGCCGACUAACGAGGCAUCAAUAAAGGCGGCCACGCAGACUGAUACUACAAACUCGGCAGCUGGUACCGUGAUCGACGCAACCUUCAAGGAGAAUUCCACGACAAAACCGGGUCCGUUCUCUUGGAUUCUGACACCGCUGGUGCAAAAAGUGCAGUUUUCACCGCAAUCGUUCCUGCAGGAUCGUCUGCUAUUUCUGAGAGAGGCGCUAAACAAUCUUGGCAUCAACGCGCUACAAAACACGACGGCGAAGCAGCUAGCAAAUGUACCUGCCAGCCUAGUGCAUUUCUUGGGUCCGCACGAUUCCGGUUUCUAUACGAACCGGCUGGAACCGGCCGGUUUCCUGGGCGGUAAUGGUUGGUUCGCCAACAAGGGCGGCAUUCUAGGCGGACCCGGGGCCAUUGUCUCCACCGGCAGCCUUCUCACGGAUUAUCCAACUCCUUACAGGAAGAAAUAGGACGGUCUAUCCCGUUUAUUCAGACACGUGUAAAUAUAAUCAACGAACAAAACCUGUGCUCCUGCGCAUAAUAUCCGAUUGGGAAAGUGUUCUGAAAAUUUCAAGUGUGUCAAGUAGGUCACUUACUGAAUGACGCAAGUUCACCAUCUCCCAUUUCAAUCGAGACGCUAAAGAGCAAAAAGCAAUGAUAUAUCAAAGAGCGACAAGCAAUAUUCUUUCCGUAGCUUCUGUAAGGAAUUAUUAGCGAAAAGCUGUGAUGGAAUGAAGCUUGAGAAAUGCAAAUAGAUGAUACUAAGUAAAUUAUUAUUAAUCCAAGUGCGAUAUAGCAUUUUUUAAACAUAUUUAUAGCAUAUUCAAGUUAUUUUUUAUGCCUGUAUCUUGUAUUCCCGUAAUACAAUAAAACAGACUUGAUAAAUUAAGAUACAAAUAUCGUGAGGUCAGAGGCAACUUUUAUUUCUUCCUAUACAGCGUAGUGUCGCGAUAUUAGCGCAUUUCAGCUGUGCAAUUCUCUUUACGGAGGCAAACUAGACGACUCGCGCUUCGAAUUUUUAAUAAGACGCGAUUCUCGGGUUACCGAAGGCGGGUGAACGAGAGAGAGAAAGGGAAAAGGCAUAUUAUUGGCCGCGCGAAAAAUGCGCGGCAAUGCACAGUGAUGGAGAGAGCGCGAUGCGUUAUUGGAAAUGCAUAAGAUAUCCGAUAUCUCGCGAAAUUCACAGCGGGCGGCCACGCGGUCGUACUUUGCCGAGUUGGACGCCGCGCGAGGCGGCUGCAAGGAAUUUCAUUUCUGCCAAAUUGAGAUUCGAUCUCUCAAGCCCGAGCGGACGGUCCCCGACGAUCGGUGUACUCUUCGUCCACGGUCUACUACUCCCGGCGCGAUUCCGCUACCUGUAAUCCGACCGUGCUGAAAUAUCGCCUGUUACACGAGCGAUCGCGUGCCGACAUCUCCAGAGGCGGGGUUUAUUAAAACCGAUGACUGAUUUGUGAUUGCGGCUGGGUAGCGUCGAGAAAACGACGCGAGUAUGUUGAAGAUGUUUGAUAAUUGGUAACGUGAUCGAUAAGAGAUCAAUUUUCCUCGAUGUGAAACUAAACCGAUUUUCAAGGAUAAUUGUAAUGUAACUUUAACUCGUGCUCUCUUUAAUUAUUAUUUCGAAUGGAAUUUCCAAACUUUUUAUUACGUUCGUGCAUCACGUGUCGGAUUUUCUAUAUAAAUGUAUACUUUAUUGUUGUUUCAAAAUUAUUAUCUCCUGUGUGAUUUUGCCAAAUUCAGGAUUGGAAACGUUUCCAGCAGCGACGGGCGUGCGCAAAAGUGAAGAAUAAAUUGGGAGAGAGGAAGUUCUCAAUCGAAAUUGAAAUUCAAUCUGUUUCAUCCGGUCAACAACUAUACGUGUAUUCGUCGUUCCCGGCUAAGAUUAAAUCUGUUUACUGUCUAGU